AUGAAGUUCCAGAGCUUCUCCGAAGCGACAGAAGUUGGCUUAUACUGCUGGAAUCCCGAGGGCGGACGGCAAAAGCGCUUCAAAGAUGUCACCGUGGAAGACAUUCAGCGAGGCUUGCAAACACCGACCGAGCCUCCCAAGCUUCAACUGGAUAGGGUGAGAUGUCCCCUGACCUUUCUGCAGCCGGAGCGCUGCUAUGGCCCAAGCGCCCUGAACAUGUUCCCGCACGACCCCGGCUAUGUGGUGUCCCUGUAUAUGGCGAAGGAAAUGGGUGUUGAUUUGGACUCAGUCGACUUCUUACUCGGUGGAUCAAGCUUGAACAUCAUGGCCACCAAGCGGAUCGAAGCAGGUGACAAGUACCUCGUCCAGCGCGUGGGGUCACACGAUCAUCGUGGCCAAAUCCAAGCAGUAUCAGCAGAAUUAUGGGGACAUCGGCUUCCAGUUCGAACGCUUGGUCACAGGCGAGCGCCUGGAAGGCCCUCAUGA